GCUUGUCACUGUUCCACAAGCACCUCUAUCAGUGUUCGACCAGCCGGUUUGUACCAUAUGCCCAGCAAAUGGUGCAGCAGGGCUUGGCUUCUGUGGAGGGAUUCCUUCAGUUGCUCAUUGCAAGCUAUGAGGAAUACUGGCAUGACGUGGGUGUGCCAAGACAUAUCAGCUCAUUGAACGAAAACCUGGCAACUGUGUGGAACUUUGAUGCCAUGUCCAUGCAGAGAAGCCCCGGGUCUGAGCAUCUGCAGAGCCUGGACCAUGUCUAUGGUAUUUUCAAGCCACGGCUGGCACAUGUGAGGUGGCCGACAUCCCAGGAUUUCCUUCACGUGCAACAUGUUUGGCCCGACCAGAAAGAGAUGCAUCGGCAGUAUAAGGUGUUGUGGAACAAGGUUCAUCUGGACCGCUCUCACUGUGAGUGGCGAUCACCUGUGGAGUGUCGUGCUUCUUUAGUGCAGCCGCCAGCUAUCCUCCUGACAUGUCUCGGCAGAAAACUGCAGGAAGUGACACCAGAAAGAAGGUCGGUCAAAGCUGUCAAUUUGACAUGUCUGGUGUUUUUGAUUGCAAGUUUCCUGUGGAAGCCACCCAGCAGCUUCAAAGUUCGACCAGCUUCAGUUGCUUUGCUGCUGCGUGGUGGUCGACUGGAGACUGGGGCCUUCGCUAUGAUGACAAAGGCACCUUUCAAGCAGAAACUCAUCUUCAUUUCUGAAAUCAGUUGGUCCCUACAGCCUGCUGCUGUGGCUGCAUCCUUUUUUCUGGAGAAGUCAAUGCACCAAUUGACUUCGAGAGCCACAGGUCGGAGGACUCAUUGCUGGCAUGCUGCUUUCUUGCUGUUGGCUUCUACCACUGCUCAGGGAGCCAGCAGUGUUUGUGAGAGGGUCGGCUCCCUCUUACAUGGCCUCGAGAAAGGGGAGAGCUCGAUCCAUCCGGUGAUAGGUGGUGCCCGAGAUGAAGCCAUUGUGGACACACUGGUAGAAGCUUUUCGCAUUAAGAAUCCAACGAUUCAGAGGCAAGCUCAGCACAAAAGGUUUGAGCGUGGGUCGGAGGUCACAGGGAAUCCAACCUUGGAUCGUCGGGUUGAGUUGUCGGACCUCAAGGCCAGCAGCUACUAUUUGGGUCCUCUGGAGCGAUUGCAGGAUGAAGAAACUGCUGUCGGCUUAGAGCAUUUGCUGAAGCAUGCGGCCGAGGAGCGCGCACGGUCUGAGGCGGUUCACAGACCAGUGUGCUUGGAUGCACAAACACGCUCGGCUUUGAUGAAAGUGGUGACCCAGAGACGUGGCAGAUUGCAGGUCGAUACUUUACCGGCCUUCGUGAGAAAAGGUCGAAAUGCUGCCAAAACACCACUGCGAUCUACCGGCCGAAAACAAAUGGCUGAAUGGUUGGAGUCAGAGGAAGGCCGACAAUGGAGAGCUCAACGGGAUGAACUGUUGCUUGGCUACUGUUUGGGCAUACAUUUCUGUUGCAGAUGGCAGGGUGUCCUUUUGUGUUAA